CCAAGGGGAGCCGGAGCCGGCCCCGCCCACUCGGAACAAGAUGGCGUCGUAUUUCGAGGAGCACGACUGCGAGGCGACCGAUCCCGAGGAACAGUACCGGCAGAACGCGCUGCUGGAGCUCGCCAGGUCUUUGCUGGCAGGGAUCGAUCUCGACCUCGGGCAGGUGGAUAUCUCUGACUGGGAUCACCGCCUGCCACCCGCUGCUAAAAAGGAGAUUGUGCAGAACCUCCCGACAGUCCCUGUGACACCCGCACAAGCAGAUAAAGGCCUGAAGUGUCCGGUCUGUUUACUGGAGUUUGAGGAAGAGGAGAAGGUGAAGAAGAUGCCGUGUGAACAUUUCUUCCACUCUGGUUGUCUCGUGCCCUGGUUGGGAAAGACGAAUUCCUGUCCGUUGUGCAGACUCGAGUUGCCCACUGACAAUCCAGAGUACGAGGAGUACAAGCAAGACAGGGAGCGAAGGAAGCAGAAGGAGCACCGCCUGGAAUACCUGCAUGGUGCCAUGUACACAUGACCAACCGGGGCAUGGUCCUUCGAGCCCCUCGGUGCGUUUUCUUUCCCGCCAUCCCGGUGGCUCCUGGUCAGGCUCCCGGAGCUUCUGAAGAGUUGUCGGAAUGGACCCUGCUUUCCUUUCCCUUUGAAACCAGCAGGUAGCGCGGUGCACUUUGAGACUGGGUUUCUGCAAAUCUGACGGGCGCUGUGGAAGAGUUCGUGUCUUCGCCAUCUCCGUGUGCUUCGGGACAUUGUUACUGGAGCCGCCAACAAUCGCAACGCCUGUUCUUUACAAACCCAAUUCCAUUUGAAAGUUUUCUUCCAGAAAUUGGAUCUAUUGGACCAAAAAAUGUGUGAAAUAUUAAAUGUCUGUACAACAGAAUCUCUGCACUAACAAUCUCAAAUCAUCAGUCCAUCUCACUGGUGUUUUUCUGACUUACUGCUGUGUGGUUUGAGAGCCUUUUGAAUUGAAAUUGUAUCCAUAAUCCAUUUCCCUCUUUUUAUUAGUUCAGGUGCUCUGUAUUUCUUUUCCUCCUUCUGGGCUGCCUUAAGAUCUGUUCCAGGGAUUGAGUUCCCAGUGCGUCCUUGUCAGUGGGUCAGUUAGAAGGUUUUAAUGGCUUUGGAGCUGGGAUUGAGCACAUGCCGUUUAACAUUGCAUGACUAAGGCAAACCAUUUACAAUGAGCUGAUGGCGGUGAAGAAACCCCACUGCUCCUCCUGUAGGCGGGAAGUCACGAGCAGUGCAUCUUCAAAUGUUAGUUUGACUGGCCUUUUUGACAUUUAAGAGUCUUUUAAAAAUCACUGGCUCUAUGCAAAGUCUAUUCUGUAGUUGUGAAUCUGCGUGCUCCUUUAAUGUGACUCUCGGGCACGUUGGGCCAAUAGGCUUGUGAACUUGCUUUGUCAUAUGGUGAAUGCUUUCUGCUGGAAAUGAAUUGUCUAACCAAG